UAUUAAUUCAAGCACAGUGUGGAAACGUUGCGAGGGGACAAGAUCGGUAACUUGGUCAUUCACCUUCAGCCGUUUACAAAUCCGGCUGUUCAUUUAACAAUUAAUAAUGUUGAAAGUGACAUUAGGCCUCGCUCUGGUGACUCUGGUUGCGUGCUCGCAGUGCCCCAACAAUGAAGUGUGUGAGGCAGGCCAGACAUGCUGCCAGGAUCUCACCGGAGAGUUCAGCUGCUGCCCUUUCCAUCACGGAGAGUGUUGUGAGGACCACCUGCACUGCUGUCCUGAAGACAUGUUGUGCAGUGUUAUGGACUCCAUGUGUAUAAACGCCACACAUACACUGCUGUUUGUGGAGAGGACACCGGCUAAACGGACAGACCAUCCCAAAAAGAAACAAACUGAUACAGGCUUGGAGCAACAUGAGUCGUUCAGAAUGAUUCCCUCAUUACCUGCAAGUGAAGACGACAUCACCUGUCCUGAUGGCUCCUUCUGUCCUGCUGAGUUCUCCUGUCUGCUGAUGGCUUCAUCAUAUGGGUGCUGUCCUGUAGCACAGGGCCUUGUGUGCUCAGAUGGGAAACACUGUUGCCCAAAAGACCAUGAAUGCAGUGCAGACAGCAAUUCCUGUGUCAAACUAAAAGAACCAGUCGAGGCUGUUCUUUGUGGAAAUGGGACCUCAGAGUGUCCCGUGGACACUACAUGUUGUGAGACAGAAGAUGGUCAGUGGGCAUGCUGCCCCAUGCCAAAGGCUGUAUGCUGUGAUGAUAAAAUCCACUGUUGUCCAGAGGACAGUGUCUGUGAUGUUGAAGGCUCCAAAUGCAUGUCCUCCACCAAUCAGGAGCUGCCUAUGUGGGCCAAAUUCCCUGCUCGUCUUAGAGCUGAAUGGGAAGAUCACAAAUCUGCAGAAAUGAGGGCUGAAGCUGAACUCACUACAACCAGACAAAUCACUACUGCUGGCAAGCAAAUGACUACAUUGCUUGGUGCACUACCAAAAACCUCAGAUGUUCCCUGCAAUGACACUGCGGCUUGUCCUGAUGGAAGCACGUGCUGUAAGACUAAAGAAGGAGAAUGGGCCUGCUGUCCUCUGCCAGAGGCCGUGUGUUGUGAAGAUUUCAUCCACUGCUGUCCUCAUGGUCAGAAAUGUAAUGUUGCUCUUGGGACGUGCGAGGACUCUUCAGGAUCUCAGCCUUGGUUCGAGAAGCUGCCUGUCAAACUGAUCAGCAGUCAGAAUGUGGCUGUAACACAAGUGCAUUCAGAUGUUCCCUGCAAUGACACUGCAGCCUGUCCAGAUGGAAGCACGUGCUGUAAGACUAAAGAAGGAGAAUGGGCCUGCUGUCCUCUGCCACAGGCCGUGUGUUGUGAAGACUUCAUCCACUGCUGUCCUCAUGGUAAGAAAUGUAAUGUUGCUCUUGGGACGUGUGAGGACCCUUCAUGUUCUGGUGUGCCCUGGGUGGAACAGGUCCCUGUAAAGCCAAUCAUCUGUCAAGACAAACAAACCUCAGAUGUUCCCUGCAAUGACACUGCGGCCUGUCCUGAUGGAAGCACGUGCUGUAAGACUAAAGAAGGUGGAUGGUCCUGCUGUCCUCUGCCAGAGGCCGUGUGUUGUGAAGACUUCACCCACUGCUGUCCUCAUGGUAAGAAAUGUAAUGUUGCUCUUGGGAAGUGCGAGGACUCUUCAGGAUCUCAGCCUUGGUUCGAGAAGCUGCCUGUCAAACUGAUCAGCAGUCAGAAUGUGGCUGUUACACAAGUGCAUUCAGAUGUUCCCUGCAAUGACACUGCGGCCUGUCCAGAUGGAAGCACGUGCUGUAAGACUAAAGAAGGAGAAUGGGCCUGCUGUCCUCUGCCACAGGCCGUGUGUUGUGAAGACUUUACCCACUGCUGUCCUCAUGGUAAGAAAUGUAAUGUUGCUCUUGGGACGUGCGAGGACUCUUCAGGAUCUCAGCCUUGGUUUGAGAAGCUGCCUGUCAAACUGAUCAGCAGUCACAAUGUGGCUGUUACACAAGAUGUUUCCUGUGAUGGCACCACAUCUUGUCCAGAUGGAAGCACAUGCUGUAAGACUCAAGAAGGAGGAUGGGCCUGCUGUCCUCUGCCACAGGCCGUGUGUUGUGAAGACUUCAUCCACUGCUGUCCUCAUGGUAAGAAAUGUAAUGUUGCUCUUGGGACAUGUGAGGACUCUUCAGAAUCUCAGCCUUGGUUCGAGAAGCUGCCUGUCAAACUGAUCAGCAGUCAGAAUGUGGCUGUAACACAAGUGUCUUCAGUGCAUUCAGAUGUUCCCUGCAAUGACACUGCGGCCUGUCCAGAUGGAAGCACGUGCUGUAAGACUAAAGAAGGUGGAUGGUCCUGCUGUCCUCUGCCACAGGCCGUGUGUUGUGACGACUUCAUCCACUGCUGUCCUCACGGUACCACAUGUAACGUUGCUGCUGGGUCUUGUGACGAAACUUCAGGAUCUCAGCCUUGGUUCGAGAAGCUGCCUGUCAAACUGAUCAGCAGUCAGAAUGUGGCUGUCACACAAGUGUCUUCAGUGCAUUCAGAUGUUCCCUGUGAUGACACUGUGGCCUGUGCUGAUGGAACCACGUGCUGUAAGACUCAAGAAGGAGGAUGGGCCUGCUGUCCUCUGCCACAGGCCGUGUGUUGUGAUGACUUCAUCCACUGCUGUCCUCAUGGUACGACAUGUAACGUUGCUGCUGGGUCUUGUGACGAAACUUCAGGAUCUCAACCUUGGUUUGAGAAGCUGCCUGUCAAACUGAUCAGCGGUCACAAUGUGGCUGUUACACAAGUGUCUUCAGUGCAUUCAGAUGUUCCCUGUGAUGACACUGUGGCCUGUGCUGAUGGAACCACGUGCUGUAAGACUCAGGAAGGAGGAUGGGCCUGCUGUCCUCUGCCACAGGCCGUGUGUUGUGACGACUUCAUCCACUGCUGUCCUCAUGGUACGACAUGUAACGUUGCUGCUGGGUCUUGUGACGAAACUUCAGGAUCUCAGCCUUGGUUCGAGAAGCUGUCUGUCAAACUGAUCAGCAGUCAGAAUGUGGCUGUUACACAAGUGUCUUCAGUGCAUUCAGAUGUUCCCUGUGAUGUAAGGAAAUCUUGUCAUGAUGGAAGCACGUGCUGUAAGACUCAAGAAGGAGGAUGGGCAUGCUGUCCUCUGCCACAGGCCGUGUGUUGUGACGACUUCAUCCACUGCUGUCCUCAUGGUACGACAUGUAACGUUGCUGCUGGGUCUUGUGACGAAACUUCAGGAUCUCAGCCUUGGUUCGAGAAGCUGCCUGUCAAACUGAUCAGCAGUCAGAAUGUGGCUGUAACACAAGUGUCUUCAGUGCAUUCAGAUGUUCCCUGUGAUAGCACCAAAUCUUGUCCUGAUGGAAGCACGUGCUGUAAGACUAAAGAAGGAGGAUGGGCCUGCUGUCCUCUGCCACAGGCCGUGUGUUGUGACGACUUCAUCCACUGCUGUCCUCAUGGUACGACAUGUAACGUUGCUGCUGGGUCUUGUGACGAAACUUCAGGAUCUCAGCCUUGGUUCGAGAAGCUGCCUGUCAAACUGAUCAGCGGUCAGAAUGUGGCCGUCACACAAGUGUCUUCAGUGCAUUCAGAUGUUCCCUGUGAUGACACUGUGGCCUGUGCUGAUGGAACCACGUGCUGUAAGACUCAAGAAGGAGGAUGGGCUUGCUGUCCUCUGCCACAGGCCGUGUGUUGUGACGACUUCAUCCACUGCUGUCCUCAUGGUACGACAUGUAACGUUGCUGCUGGGUCUUGUGACGAAACUUCAGGAUCUCAGCCUUGGAUGGAGAAGCUGCCUGCUCUCCCUAGAGCAGGUCAAUGGUCACCUGGGAACGUGAACUGCGACUCUAGUCACGUUUGUCCUGAUUCCACCACUUGCUGUAAGAACAUUGAUGGAGACUGGGGCUGCUGUCCUUUGCCUGAGGCUGUAUGUUGCACAGAUGGGGAACACUGUUUGCAUCAGGGGAGAUGUGGUGAUCCCCUGGCUGUUUGCUGCCCAGACCAGCAGCACUGCUGUCCCAAAGGCUACAGGUGUGACCUGCGUAGACGCUCCUGCAUAAAAUCCACCUGGCUGCAUGUGGAGAUAGUCCCACUUGCCCACAUUGAUGACCAAAAGCCACAGUCGAGCGUCUCAGAAAAGGACAUUCAGUGUGGAGGUGGACAUAGUUGCAAAGAUAGUGAGACCUGUUGUCCAACCUCCCAGACCACCUGGGGCUGUUGCCCAUCUCCAAAGGCCGUGUGCUGUGAUGAUAUGAAGCACUGCUGCCCUGCUGGAUACAAAUGUGGCGCGGGUGGAACUUGUACUUUAGCCGUAGGCUUUGACUGGAACAACUGGGACAACUGGAGGGCGUUCUUCGCCAAAAAUAAACGGGCUAUAAUUCUGUAA